CAUCCAGCCUCAGCUAAGACCCGGAGAGGUGGAAUUUCGAUUUGAAACUCCCAAGCCAGGGCCGGCGCUGGGCAUGCUCAGUGCCGCGGCGCGUCGGGCUGCUGCUGCUAGCUGUUCUGGCAGCAGUGGUGCUGCCUGGCUGGGAGGCUGGCGCUGGAGUCCACCCCACUGUCACCACCAGCUGCGGGCUGCCUGAAGGCCAAGCUCUCGCCUCCUCUGAGUGCCUUCCCCCCGCCCGCCCGCCCGCCUCGAGUCCCCAUCACCCGCAGCAUCCCACUCUCCAUCUCCCCACCCCUUAGGGAGGUGAAGCCAGUGCUCGGUUCUGUCGGCGCCACACACUGUUCUGCGAACCCCAGCCGAGGACCCCUGCCAUCGGAUGCCUGGGAACAGAGGACUCUGGGCAGUGGUUCUCUCAAAUAGCACUUUGCUCGGAAGUGGGGUCGCCGCGGCGGAGUUUCUCCUCCGCCCCUCAAUGCACACACUAUGGGGAGAGCAGUCGGCUUCCCAGCACUGUGCCUGCUUCUUAAUCUUCACGCUGCAGGAUGUUCUUUGGGAAAUAAUGAUCACUUUUUGGCUAUUCAUCAAAAGAAGAAUUGGAAGCCAGCGUUCAUUUAUCGCCAUUCACAAGAUAUUGAGAAGAGCCUGGAUAUAGCUCAAGAGGCAUAUAAACAGAACUACCAUUCGCCUGCUGAAGUUCAAAUAAACAAACGUCACCAAAUUGUCAACUCAGCAUUUCCUAGACCUGCAUAUGACCCGUCUCUUAAUCUGUUGGCUGUGUCUGGACAAGAGCUUCAAAUAGAAAAUCUCCCAAUUCCGGCAGCAAAUGUAAUUGUGGUGACACUGCAAAUGGAUAUAAACAAGCUGAACAUAACCUUGCUUCGGAUCUUCCGCCAAGGAGUAGCUGCAGCCUUGGGACUCUUGCCCCAGCAAGUGCACAUCAACCGUCUCAUUGAAAAGAAGCGCCAUGUGGAGUUGUUCGUGUCUCCUGUAAACCGGAAACCAGGAGAGCCGGAAGCCCUGCAGGCCGAGGAAGUGCUGCGUUCUCUUAAUGUCGAUGUUUUGCAUCAGAGUUUACCGCAGUUUGGAAUUACAGACGUCUCCCCUGAGAAAAAUGUUUUGCAAGGGCAGCACGAAGCGGACAAAAUCUGGAGCAAAGAAGGAUUUUACGCCGUUAUCAUUUUUCUCAGCAUCUUUGUUAUUAUAGUAACCUGUUUGAUGAUUAUUUAUAGGUUAAAAGAAAGGUUUCAGCUUUCCUUAAGACAAGAUAAAGAGAAAAACCAGGAGAUCCACCUAUCGCCCAUUACGUUACAGCCAGCACAUUCGGAGGCCAAGACAGCCCACAGCAUGGUCCAGCCUGAGCAGGCGCCAAAGGUGCUGAAUGUUGUCGUGGACCCCCAAGGCCAAUGCACUCCUGAGACUAGAAGCACCACCUCCACCUCUGUCUGCCCCUCUCCCUUCAAAAUGAAACCCAUAGGACUUCAGGAGAGACGAGGUUCCAAUGUCUCUCUUACACUGGACAUGAGUAGCCUGGGGAAUGUGGAACCUUUUGUGGCCGUCCCAACCCCCCGGGAGAAGAUAGCCAUGGAGUACCUGCAGUCGGCCAGCCGCAUCCUCACAAGGCCACAGCUGAGGGACGUUGUGGCAAGUUCCCACUUACUUCAAAGUGAAUUCAUGGAAAUACCAAUGAACUUUGUGGAUCCCAAAGAAAUUGAUAUUCCACGUCAUGGAACAAAAAAUCGUUAUAAGACCAUUUUGCCGAAUCCCCUCAGCAGAGUGUGUUUAAGACCGAAAAAUAUAACCGAUGCAUUGAGUACUUACAUUAAUGCUAAUUAUAUUCGGGGCUACAGUGGUAAGGAGAAAGCGUUCAUUGCCACGCAGGGCCCCAUGAUCAACACUGUGAAUGACUUCUGGCAGAUGGUUUGGCAGGAAGACAGCCCCGUGAUUGUCAUGAUCACCAAACUCAAGGAGAAAAAUGAGAAAUGUGUGCUCUACUGGCCAGAAAAGAGAGGGAUUUAUGGCAAGGUUGAGGUUCUGGUCAUCAGUGUGAAUGAAUGUGAUAACUACACCAUUCGAAACCUCGUCUUAAAGCAAGGAAGUCACACCCAACAUGUGAAGCAUUACUGGUACACUUCAUGGCCUGACCACAAGACUCCAGACAGUGCCCAGCCCCUUCUACAGCUCAUGCUGGAUGUAGAAGAAGACAGACUUGCCUCUGAGGGCCGAGGGCCUGUGGUUGUCCACUGCAGUGCAGGGAUUGGGAGGACGGGGUGUUUCAUCGCUACAUCCAUUGGCUGUCAACAGUUGAAAGAAGAGGGAGUCGUGGACGCACUAAGUAUUGUCUGCCAGCUUCGUGUAGACAGGGGUGGCAUGGUCCAAACCAGUGAGCAGUAUGAAUUUGUGCACCAUGCUCUGUGCCUGUACGAGAGCAGACUUUCACCAGAAACCGUCCAGUGAUUCCGUGAAGAUUUACCAGAGCGUCCAUCUCUCAUGGGUGAUUCAUGAAAUCGCCUACUGAAGGCUCCUGGGAGGAGCUUCCUGCAGUGGGAUGAGGAGGCGCCCAAGCCAACCUGAGGCAUGGACUGUGGAAGACCUGGCGACAUGCAAGGUUGCCAACCCUUUGUGUAUAGGAAUGCAUCUGUAGGCAUCCCCCAAACUAUUUCGAAGGUCCCAUGCUGAUGGAGGUAUGAUCAUUUCUCGCACAGCCCGAGGUGGAUUUUAUUUCGUCUGUGUUGAUUAUCUGCCACACAGAAUCUAUGUGUGUGAUACUCAGUGACAGUCAUUGUGACGGCAGGAGGAGCCGCUGAAGACGUCGCGAUCGUGUGUUUAGAUGUUCAUAAAGUCUGUCUCGUGAAUGGACUGUCAGCUAUCCAACUGUUCCGGUUUAAGUGCUAUUACCUAUAUCUCAGUUACCAGAAUCUUGCUGCUAAAGUUGCAAGUGAUCCAUCACAGAUUUUUAACAACUACAUUUUUGAUUUUGAAAAAAAAAAAAAAAGAAAAAUCAAAUGCCGUAACUAUUUUAUAUGGAAAUGUGUCUUGAUAAUAUCUAUUAAAUGUGUAUUUAUAGUACCUCCUAUGGAUCAAUUACAGAGCACAAUGGCUGUCAUUGGAUACAUACAUAUAUAUGUGUAUAUAUACAUACAUAUAUAUAUAUACAUACAUUUAUAUUCUAUUAUUAGGCAUAGAGUUGGCACCUGUCCCACAACUCUAACUACUAUAUUUCUACAUUGUGACUUGUUUUGCUUUAAAAAGGGGAUAAACAAAUUUAUAGUAACUAUAAAGAAUCAAUAAUUUUAAAUACUCAUCUCUCUUCUACUAAGAAGGGAUUUUUUUGAAUAUGCUGUCUGCCUGGAAUCUCUCUCCCAAUAAAAGGCAGGUGCCUUUUGGGGAUGCUCCAACCUGUCUCAUUCCCAGACAUUCUUCUAAGGAUGCUGUCAUGCACGUCCUUACAUUUCUAACAGGUUUCAUUUCUCAAGAGACAAAUGAAGGUAAAAAUACACCCAGCCAACAUGAGAUGUUCUGCUCAUAAAUGAAUUUUCAAUGCAGCAAAGUUGACUUUGUUUCGUACCUACCAAUAAAUGACUCUUAACACUAAA